AUGAAUACCUUUAACGAAAUAAAUAUUUUUUCGUCGGUUGACACCGCGCACGACGGUCAAGCAUCGCUAACGUCGACAUCGCCAAUUCAGUUUUCUCAGCCGUCACUCUCGACAUCCGCCAAUAGCACACCGAAAAUGACCAAAAGGACUUGCGCUCGUUGCAAAGAGUCAAAUAGGUGCGUCAAAUUAUUAUGUUCAAGGAUCGAUAGAAUUGAAGAUUUGGUAAACUCUUUGGCCUCAAGAACAAAGUUUGCGGAUGAAAAGGACCGGAGAAUUAUCGAAGAAUCGGGAAUCCCACGGAUUCCAAUUGCCCAAGAGAAUCUCACAACCGAUCUUUCGAGAUGCAGUACCGACGACAUACUUGCCUUAAUCACCAAUUUCUACCGCACGACAUUGGAACCGUCUUUUGAAGUGAGAGCGCAAUGA